UGUGAACCUUUACAGCUAACCCAACUCAAUUAAUGCUCAAUUUUUCAGUAAUUUCUGUAAACGCAUCUCAAUCAUAUCAACUCAUUCUUUGAUUUUGAUUUGUUACUAUGAGCUCAUGAUUGGAUAGUUCUUCAUAUUUCUCAUCAAUUCCUUGAAUUAUUUCGUCGGCUAUGGCUGUAGAUGAGGAUAUGGCCCCUAAGAAGAAGAAAGAGCCCACUGAAAACGAGAAGAGGAGAAUGAAAAUUGUGCCUGGGAGUUUGAUGAAAGCUGAGAUGAGACCAGGUGGGGGUGAUGCUAGACCAUCAGAUGGUGACCAGGUCAUAUACCAUUGCACUGUUAGAACUUUGGAUGGAGUUGUUGUAGAGUCUACUAGGUUGGAAUAUGGAGGCAAGGGCACUCCAAUAAGACAAGUUUUAGGCAAAAGUAAGAUGCUACUAGGAUUGCUGGAAGGACUUCCCACAAUGCUGAAGGGUGAAGUGGCAAUGUUCAAGAUGAAACCUGAAAUGCACUAUCGUGAGGUUGAUUGUCCAGUUUCACCCCCAAGUAGCUUUCCACAGGAAGAUGAACUUCAUUUUGAGAUUGAGAUGAUAGAAUUUUCCAAAAUCAAGGUUGUCAGUGAUGAUUUGGGAGUUAUAAAGAAGGUAGUAAAUGAAGGGCUGGGCUGGGAAUCGCCAAGGGAACCUUAUGAAGUAAAAGCUAGGAUUUCUGCAAAGAAGGGUGAUGGGAAAGUAAUUCUAUCAAACACACAAGGAGAACCAUAUUGCUUUACUUUUGGGAAAUCUGAGGUACCUAAAGGCCUUGAGAUGGGGAUGGGAACAAUGACACGAGAAGAGAAAGCAGUUAUAUAUGUUACCAAUCAGUACUUGACUGAGUCUCCUCUCAUGUCUCUGGUAGAAGGUUUUGAUGAAGUUCAUUUUGAAGUGGAGCUUGUCCGUUUUACUCAGGUGCGGGACAUGCUAGGAGAUGGGCGCCUGAUGAAGCGUCGGCUUCGUGAUGGAAGAGGUGAGUUUCCCAUGGAUUGCCCUCUUCAUGACAGUCUACUACGGGUCCAUUACAAGGGUAUGCUUCUUAAUGAGGAAAAGAAGAUCUUCUAUGAUACAAGAGUUGAUAAUGAUGGUCAGCCGUUGGAGUUCAGAUCUGGGGAAGGGCUCGUCCCUGAAGGAUUUGAAAUGUGUGUUCGUUUAAUGCUUCCAGGAGAGAUAGCUCUUGUUACUUGUCCUCCUGAUUAUGCAUAUGACAAGUUCCAGAGGCCAGCUAAUAUUCCUGAAGGUGCCCAUAUUCAAUGGGAAAUUGAGCUGCUUGGUUUUGAGAUGCCUAAGGAUUGGACCGGUAUGGAUUUUCCAAGUAUAAUGGGUGAAGCAGAGAAGAUUAGAAACACAGGAAACAGGCUCUUCAAAGAAGGAAAGUUUGAACUUGCAAAGGCAAAAUAUGAGAAGGUACUUAGGGAAUUUAAUCAUGUAAAUCCACAAGAUGAUGAGGAAGGGAAGGUUUUCGUAGAUACUAGAAACUUGUUAAAUUUAAACUUGGCUGCAUGCUACCUCAAAAUGGGAGAAUGCAAAAAGUCCAUUGAGUAUUGCAAUAAGGUUUUGGAUGCAAAUCCUGCUCAUGUAAAGGCUCUAUACCGCCGUGGAAUGGCUUACAUGACAGAUGGCAGUUUUGAGGAAGCAAGAGAUGAUUUUGAAAAGAUGAUGAAAGUUGACAAGUCAUCUGAACCUGAUGCAAUGGCAGCACUUCAAAAACUGAAGCAGAAGAAACAGGAAGUUGAGAGGAAAGCACGUAAACAAUUCAAAGGACUAUUUGACAAGAAGCCAGGGGAAAUUGCAGAGGUUGGAACUCAUACAGAAGAAAGUAGUACAAGUGAAAAUCAGAGGAAAGAUGAUCAGGUGGAUUCAGAUGGGAUUGAGGAAGAGGCCUUGCUUCAAGGUGCAGGCGCAGUCAAUGCACCUAGAGUGGGCUGGUUCUCCCACUUGUGGCCCACUGGUAGAAGACUGUUUUCUGCUCUGGGUUUUCAAAGAUGUACGAUAUUGUGACAGGGAAUUAUCAGCUUUAGUAUCCAACUUCAUGACACUUGGGGAUUCAGUAAUAUUUCCAAUUUAAAAAAAAAUUAAAAAAUAAUAUAUUAAUAAAUUUA